AUGGAUGCUGAAGUAAAUGUAACAUAUCUAACUUUUGGUGGGUAUGUCGAACUGCAGAAAUACAGAUAUCUUUAUUUUACGAUAAUGUUUACAGUAUAUAUUCUAAUAAUCUACUGUAAUUCUGUCAUUGUGUUUCUUAUCACAAUUCAUAAAAACCUCCAUGAGCCUAUGUACAUUUUCAUUGCAGCUUUGUUAAUCAACACUGUUCUUUACAGCACUGCUAUCUACCCAAAGCUUUUGAUUGACUUUUUAUCUGAAAAACAGAUCAUAACUAUUGCAUUUUGUCUGUUUCAAGGAUUUUCAUAUUACACUCUGGCCACUUCAGAGUUUUUACUGUUGGCAGUCAUGGCCUAUGACAGGUAUGUGUCUAUAUGUAAACCUCUGCAAUAUCCAACUAUCAUGAGAGAAACAGCUGUCAAAGGCUUCCUGAUCUUAGCUUGGCUUGUACCUGCUUGUGUGACUGCAGUGUCAGUUGUACUGUAUGCUAAUGUCAAAUUCUGUAACUUUACUAUGAAGGGAAUAUUCUGCAACAAUUCAGGGUUCAAACUUCAGUGUGUGAUCUCAGAAGCUAUAUCUAUAUAUGGUGUGGUCAUGUUGCUUAACAUUGCACUUUUCCCUAUGCUCUUCAUACUUUUCACAUACACCAGGAUACUUAUAAUAUCCUAUAGAAGUUGUAAAAAAGUCAGGAAAAAAGCUGCACAGACCUGUUUACCACACCUGCUGGUAUUGAUUAACUUUUCCUGCUUUAUAAUUUAUGAUAUUGUUGUAGUUCGAGUGGAAUCAGAUUUACCAAAACUUGCCCGUUUAAUAAUGACUUUACAAAUGAUUGCUUAUCAUCCUCUCUUAAAUCCAAUCAUAUAUGGAUUAAAAAUGAAAGAAAUCUCUAAACACCUCAAGAGGUUGUUGCUUCAGAUCAAAUCACACUAAUAUGUAAACAUUAUUAUUAUUCCUGAUGUUGUGUAGUUUCAUCAGUAAUGACGAUACACUGUGUUUGUUAAUAUGUAUUUCAUAGAUUUAUUUUUAUGACUGAUGCACAGUAUUGGUACAUAGUA